AGGGCUCAUAGCCAUUAGAGCUAAAAGGCUAUAAUAGAUAUAAUAGGAUUCAGUAUUAAGGACACUUGUUCUUGUAUAUAAUUAGUACUAGUAACUAUCUGCUAUCUUUAGAAUCUAAGCUACACUACCUUUUAGAAAUCCAGUUCACCUUUUUAGUUCGUUAAGGAGCAGUCUUCUCUCUUUGAUAUAAGAAUACCUUAAGACCUCCGGUCCUAAGCAGGAACGAUAGGGCUUAUCUGACAGAGUACCAUCAUUGUCGGAGUUAUUAUCAGUUCUCAUGCAACAAGCCGCAUACAAUUAGGAGAGGUAAGAGUCAAGUAUGCAUUCUUAGAUGAAGCAUGAUCAAGGACAACUUUAAUACAAGCAGCAAGCCUGAAUCGGCGACGUGAAACCUGGGUGAGAUUAUCGUGCUUCAGAAGCCGAUCGAAGAUCUGUCGCGUAAGGUUGCCCGGAUCCGGCAAUAAGAUCGUUGGCUCUGAGAAAUUUAGAACAUCUCAAGAAAAUCUUGAUGCCGCCUUGCCCCAGCGGCAUCUCGAAAGCAGGAUUUCAAUCUGCUGGGAAAAGCAGAAACAGGCAGGUUGGCAUGGAUAAGUUGCGCUGCCUCUCACUCAGCCACUCACGUGAGUCACGCGUGGCUGAAAUACAGUCCUCGGGUCAAUAUCGGACCGGACGAAGAAUCGUGCGAUCACAACCGCCCACUCUUGUGUGCUAACAGUGGCUGUGCCCUCCGACCGGGAGCACAGCCUCUCUUUGCCGGGGAACGGUGUGCCUAACUCCUAGCACUGCGUAGAGUCUCAGGCCAAUUCAACCCAAAACAGUCAAGGAUUCGCAUGUGGUCACCCUUGUGGCCGCCGUAUCCUUGCAUGCUUGACGAAUCAAUAGUCGCUACCCAAGGAAGGCGGGCGGCAAAAGUAUAUCACAUGCUUUAUUUUUAAAUUCCAAGUUAGGACGUCAACGACAUCAUAACUUCACACAUUCUCAGCAAAUAGUAAUAUUACUAGAAGCCUGAGCAAUGGGGGACCAUUUCACACAACGUCUUUCAAUUAUUGUCAAAAAUAAUAUACACCUAGGCGGUGAUAUUACGGUCAGGAACACUUUAGUGGCACGUGGUGAACCAUACAAAAAAGGCCAGAAACCAACCCUAAUAGCGCCCGAAGAUGUGAAUAAGUUGGUGAUAAGUCAUGGAGAGGAAGGGACAGUAUCAUUCUGUGGAAGUGCAGUCUACCGUUCAGGAGUCAAGGGCAGCUUGGAUCUAUACGAUGGAGAUACUCGAAUAGCAUCGCUGCACUGGAGGGGUCCCUGGGCCCUGACUGGAAAUUAUUUUGAGGUGACAGAUGUUAAAAGUGAGAAGUAUCUCGUCGACGUCUCUGAUAUCCCUAACAACGGGAUUCUAGGAGACAUAUCUGUCAUUGUAACUAAUAUUGCUCCUUAAAUUCUUGAUAUUGCAUUACCAGGAUCAAACCUAAAUAUUACUGAACGUCAGCACCUGAU